GUGAAACACGUCUCGAUCGCCCCCGGGUUCUAUGAUACCGUAGCGUGUAUGUUGUAUACGUGUGUGAAGUGAUUAAAUUUAUAUAUUUGUUAAACCGUGCAAAGUACAACAUUAAUUUUGAUGUAAGUUCCUUCACAAUAUAGUUGAACCUCGCCGGGUAAUGUGCAAUAAACUAAGACGUUAAAAAUGUGUGCAAUAAUUUAUAUUUAAUAUUAGAAAUGGCGUCGUACGCUCAUCAAGAAACUCAGUCGAGUCCGGCGAAGGAGCUUCCGAGGACUACAAAAUGCAACAGCGGCUCUCCACACAGAGAGAGAAGACGGAGGGAAGAAGAGCCACCUCAACUGUCAGGGUUCAGUGCAGUCUUGCACAGAACUCCACCACCCCCGCCACCAGCUCUGCUGCGCAAACUUGGUGUCAAAGAACCAACUGGUGUCGGCAAAGUAAAAGUAAUGCUUCGAGUUGGAGCAUCAGGAGAAGGGCCAUUCACAAGUGGCACACAGACAUUCUCCCUAGACAAGCGCAAGAAGCAGGUCACCCUCUGUGAAACAGUAUCAGCAACCACGGCACCAGAAGGCAGAAAGCUGGGUGUCGCUGCACCCAAGAUGUACGCCUUUGAUGCCAUUUUUUCACAAGAUGAUCCACAAACUGAAAUAUGUUCAAGUGCCCUGACUGACGUCAUCAAUGCAGUCGUUAACGGAACUGACGGUUGUCUCUUCUGCUUCGGACAUGCAGGACUAGGCAAGUCGUACACAAUGCUGGGGCGACCUGAAGCUUCGGAGUUGGGAGCUGUGCCAUGUGCCAUCUCGUGGUUGUUCCGUGGCAUUGCAGAACAGCGGCACAAGUGUGGCACGAGGUUCUCGGUUCGCGUCUCAGCGGUGGAGCUCUGCACCAACACCAAUCAGAUACGGGAUCUACUAGCGUCUUAUCAAAAUGACACUGAGCAGUCGCCAGGAGUAUACCUUCGCGAUGAUCCUCUACUCGGAAACCAGCUGCAGAACCAAUCGGAACUGAGGGUGCAUAGUGCUGAAAAAGCCGCUUUUUACUUGGACGCGGCGCUUCAAACGCGCGGCGCACGGGAGGAAGGAAAAGAUAGUCAUCUGCUGUACACACUCCAUGUCUAUCAAUAUAGCGUGGGUGGUAAAGGUGCUGUUGCCGGAGGUCGAAGCCGAUUACAUCUAAUCGACUUAGGAAACUCAGAACGCGGAAAAACUAACGGCGGGAUACCAUUAUCCGGCUUAGGAAAUAUACUGCUAGCUAUAUUUAAUGGUCAACGACAUUUACCGUAUCGUGAUCACAAUCUUACUCACGUUUUAAAAGAAUGUCUUGGUUCUUUGACAUGUCAUACAGCAAUGAUCGUACACGUGUCUCCCAAUGUGCAAAACUAUUCUGAUACAUUGACCACCUUACAACUAGCUUCGAGAAUACACAGGCUGAGAAGAAGAAAAGUUAAAUACACUUCAAAUAAUAAUCCUGGUUCUGGUGGCAGCUCUGGAGAAGACGCCGCAAAGCCAAGCAGUAGCGAUCCAGAUCCAUCGAGCAGUGAUCUAUCAGCGGAUACAGUAAUAUACGUUGGGCCUUUAGAUGAUGCUACUGAUGGCGAACAUCCACCAGUUUAUAUUCCUCACUUAAAUUCAGGUGAUAAUAGAGGUUCUUUAAGUAAAGCAUUAAGAGGUUCAGCUGCAGAACAAAAACAUAAAUCAUCCCUAUCAAAAGUAGUUGAAGAAAAAAGUCCAGUACAUAAGCUACAUUCUUCCCCCAAAUCUUCACCUCUCAAAAACUCUAUUCAAACAAUUCAUACACCAAAAGCAUCUCCUGUUCAUUCAAUUACAAUAAACAAACCGACUCAAAUAAAAAAGACGAUUGAAAGAAAGCAUUCAGAAGAAGGUAGAAGUGAUGAGCAAUGGAUAGAUGGACCUCGAAUAUCAAAAUCAAAAUUGGUAGAGGCACGGCACAUUAUUAAAGAAACUCAAUGCAAAAAGCGUGAAACUUGGAUCGAUGGACCUAUGCAAGAGCCUAAAUUGCCUUUACAAUUUGAAUCAGUACCAAUACAACCAAAGCCUGGUCAAGCACCCCUUCAAGUGGAUAUUCUCAAUUCAUAUACAAACGAAAGUAUCGGGUAUGGCUACAUGGAUAAUCACAAGAAAAACAUGAUCAGGAAAUGGGUAGAAAACCAAACAUCUCAAAUUCAAAAAUCGAGACAUAAUUCACCAAACCACAAACCGCAGCCACCUCAGAGAGAUUCAAGUUUGAAAUCUAUUGAAGGUUCAGAUACAACACACAAAAUGGAAGUUAUGAAAGAUACAAAACGCGUUCAUGUUGAAGAAUCUACUAUAAGAACGGGCUUAAAAUCAGGUUCUAAGACAAUAGAAGAAGAGAACGUGGGUCCUCCUGGUAAGAAACCUAAUUCUUCAAAAGUUGUUGGUAAAAAUGAAAUUGAUGAAGAUGAUGACAGCGAAGAAUUGGCUGAAAUUCCACCAGCGCUACCCCUUAUUCAGCCUAGUAGUCUUAGUAGUAGAGAAGUAUCAAUGGAAAGUUUGGAUAGUAAAUAUAAAGAAAGAAUGAGGAUGGAUGAUGAAAUCAUAUCUAGCCAUAGUAGAGAUAUUGAUCCUCAAGGAUAUAGUAAAGGCCCCGCUGAAGAUGAAGAUGAAAUAUUAGAAAUAAUUGAAGUAGAAGAAUUUUUAGAAGCCGUUCCCAUGCAAGAUUGUUGUCUGCAAGUAACAGAAGAAGAUAUUGCAUAUUGUAUGGGCUUCACUAACUUUGAUGGUGAAGAUGAAGAUCAUCCACUAAGAAUAUUAAGCCAAGAAAAUUUAACAGUUGCUUCAACGUUUACAGAUACUUUGUCAUUAUACAGUGAAGUUGAGCGGCAAAUACGGAACGAAGCAUAUCUUAGACAAACGAUGGAAUUAUAUGCGCAAACAUUUGGUGAGACUGCGGGUGAUUUCAAUCCUCAUACUAGUUCUCCAUCUUCUAGGUCAAGACUUGAAGAGCUAAUUUGUUUAACUGAAAUGUAUGGACCUAGAAAAUUGUCUGAUACAAACAAUCAAGCAACAUCACGAAUGAUUCCUCAAUUUCAAUCGAUGUCAUUGUGUAAUGUAAGAGAUACAGAGGAGUAUCAAGGUGAUGGCUCAGUAUACAGUGAGCCUGCUUAUAGGCCAAGUGAUAAAAUAUGUGAUAGUUGUAAGCGGACAAUGUCAAGACCAGGUAGUGCUGUUGGAGAUUGCGAGGCAUAUCAAAAUUUAGAUGUUACACAUGAGUGCUACGGCCCAUUUGAAAGGUAUCGAGGAAAUGAUGUCACUGAUGCUCGUAUAGCGUCACUACGACAUCCUGACGGGGCAUCAGAUCCAAAUUUACGAGAAGAAAGCCGAAUACCAGGAAAUGGUAUGCCAUCCACUACCUUUCGUGAAUUAAAAUCAAAUAUGCAUUUAGAAGUUAAACCACCUGUAGUUACAACUGAACCACGCUCAGAAAAAUGUGAGAAGGGCGAUAAAUCAAUUGCUAGAGUAGUGGCUGGUUCAAAGCCUGAUGGUUACGACAGUGGUCAUGAGUCGACGCCGAGAACUGGGAAACACAGUCCGGCGGGUACUUCAAGGCGAGCUGAAUCUGGAUAUGACUCUGUACCGAGAGAUUCUGAUGCAUCCUCUUUAGACUCAUAUCCUACGCGUAGGGCUGCGGUGGCAAGAGCACAUGCUAAAAAACAUACAACAGCGAAAUAUAAACAGCACAGUGAUCGAUCAUUCUGCUCAUGGUUGAGAAAUCCUUUUACGUGCAAAUAUGCUGACACAGAUCCCGAAAUCAGUGAUUUUUAAUCCUACGUUAUGAUAAAAAGUUCUUGAAAAUCAAAAUUCUAAAUAUAUGUAUCACUAAGCUACGUUACCGAAUUUAAUCUGGAGACUGCUUUUGUACUCUUGAUAUACACUUAUUUAUACAACAAAAGCUUGGGCACUCGAAUAUUGUUACCACCGUAUUUUUCUACCUUGAUGGCUUCUAGUGUCGCUGGAAAUGUUAUAGAGUCAGCAAAAAGCCACGUUUCUCGCAUAACUUUUGUAAAUAUAGAAAAAUACAACGAAUAUAUAUCGGCACUAAGUAUACUUAACGCUCAUUUAGAAAUUUUAUAUCUAUAUUGAUCUAUGUUUAAUGUUUCACUUGUUAUAGUGUUUCGAUGCAUUUCUUUUGUAAAUAUUUUCACGAAAGAUCUAGUGUCUUCCCAACUCCUAAUAAAUUAGAAGCGGUAUUAUAUGUAAUUUUUCAGACAUUUUGUCCAAUCACUUGAUAUAAUGUCUAGACUUAUCUUCAACUUUAGAUUUUUAUUUAAUACAUGAGUAGUUGCCACUCUAUUAUAUUUCUUUGAGAUUGUAUCAUUUCGAAUAAGGAUUCGUUAAAAAAUCGUAUAAUAAUAAAUGCUUGUGUAUCAAAUAAAGUUUAAGUGAAUGGAUUCAAUGUUGUUACCUUAAGUGAUAAGACUGUUGUCGAUGCCAUGUUUAAAUAGCUUUAUCUAUGGCUGAUGUGAAUAAUAAAAUAUAUAAUGUGCAGGGUGAUAUAUUUACCAUCUGCGAACACCGUGCUUGUGUCAUCACUAAUUCUCAUAAAAAUUUACGUGGUCUAAGUUUUCUUGAUCGCACCUCAGUGGUAUGGUCCGGCACUUGAAAACAUAAUAACAUCAGCUAGUUGGCUUAAAUAUUGAAUACUAAAUAAAUAGUUACGGAUUCUCCAAUUCCUGUGAAAAUAUUUAAAUAGGGUCGUUUGAGUUUGUUUUUUUUAUCAAGAAUGCAAGGUUUACUUAAUUAUUCACAUCAGUCUUAUAAUAAUUCAAGAUCGGCAUGUCCGUCUGUAUAUAGCAUUCAAUGUCGCUUUAUCAAAUGUUGGUAUAUGGGUUAAUGCUUUAUUGUCGAUGUUUUGUUAAUAUACUAUAUUAUUACUAUUAUGAAUAUAUAUCAUGAAUUCUAUGCGUUCGUAUUAGUUUAAUAAACCGUUCUAUUUAAAGUA